AUGGCUGAAAUAGUUCUCUACGACACUGUUGGGAGCAUCAUUAGGAGUUUGGGCUCUCUUGCCCUCCAAGAGAUUGGAGUGUUAUGGGGUUUCAAAGAUGAGCUUCGAAAGCUCGGGGACACUGUUUCCACCAUCCAAGCUGUGCUUUUGGACUCGGAGGAGAAGCAGGCCCAUAACCAUGCGAUCAAAGAUUGGCUUCGAAAGCUCAAGGAUGCCAUGUAUGACGCCGACGACUUGCUGGAUGACUACUCCACUCAACUUCUACGCCAACAAGUGAUGACACGGGAUAAGAUGGCAAAACAGGUACGCAUCUUCUUUUCCAAAUCGAACCAGCUUGCAUAUGGCUUUAAAAUGGGUCAUAGGAUCAAGGCAGUCAGGACGAGACUGGAUGAAAUCGCAACUGAUAGGAUCAAAUUUGGCUUCAAUGAGCACACCACAGCAACACAGUUUGAGCAUAUGAAAAGACAAGAUACACACUCAUUUAUACGUGGGGAAGAUGUCAUUGGGAGAGAGGAUGAUAAGGAGUCUGUUAAAAAGCUGUUAUUCGAUCCCAAUAUGGUUGAGAAGAAUGUUUCCAUAAUUCCCAUAGUUGGGAUUGGUGGACAAGGAAAGACCACGCUUGCGCAGUAUGUGUACAACGACGAGGAGGUUCAAACACAUUUUGACCCGAGGAUGUGGGCAUGUGUCUCUGAUCCUUUUGACGUGAAAACUAUCAUUGUAAAGCUCAUAGAAUCUGCGACUAAGGAGAGACCUAAAAGCCUUGAGAUGGAUCCAUUGCAAAGUGAGCUUCGAGCAAAAAUUGAUGGGAAGCGAUAUUUACUUGUUUUAGACGAUGUGUGGAAUGAGAAUCGUGGUACAUGGUCCAACUUGGAAAAGUUGUUAGUGGGUGGCCUGAGAGGAAGCAAAGUUUUGAUUACUACACGUAGCGAAAAGGUUGCAGAGAUUAUAGGUACAGUUUCACCAUAUCCUUUGAGAGGUUUAUCUGAAAACAAUUCUUGGAAGUUAUUUAAGACAAUGGCAUUUAAAGAUGGGGAAGAGCCAAAUAAUCCAAAGCUAGUAGAGAUUGGAAGGGAGAUCAUUCAAAAGUGUGCACAAGUUCCUCUUGCUAUAAGAAGCAUUGGGAGUCUAUUAUAUUUCAAAAAUUCAGAAGAUGAUUGGUUGUACUUUAAAAACCAUGAACUUUACAAAAUAACUCAACAAGAAAAUGAUAUUUUUCCAAUACUUAAGUUGAGUUAUGAUCAUCUCCCAUCACACUUGAAGCAAUGUUUUGCCUUUUGUUCGGUGUUUCCAAAAGAUUAUGAAAUUGAAAUGGAGGUGUUGAUUCAGUUAUGGAUAGCUCAAGGCUUUCUUCAUUCAUCAUAUGGAAAUAGACAUCUUGAAGAUAUUGGUCGCGAAUAUUUUAUGGAUUUGCUUUGGAGGUCGUUUUUCCAAGACGUACAAAGAGAUAUAGUUGGUGAAAUAGAAAAGUAUAAAAUGCAUGACCUUAUUCACGAUCUUGCACAGUCAGUAGCAGGUGAGGAGUGCACAAUUUUAUAUCCAGAUAGAGAAAAAGUAGUUGGAAGAACUCGUCAUGUGGCAUUUCAUUCUUCAGAUUCAUUACUAGAUAUUCCUGCUCUUUUGCCCAAGCCUAACAAAAUGAGAACACUUCUUCUACGCAUUCCAACACUUCCAAGACUUGAUGAUGAGCUUAACUUGACCAAUGCAGUACUUGAGUUGAAUAAGCCAGUCUCUAAUACACUUAUUUCAAGUUUUAAAUGCUUGCGUGCUUUGAAUUUGAGUCAGUUGAGUAUUCAAAAAGUGCCGAAUUCCAUUGGCAAGUUAAAGCAUUUAAGAUUUCUAGAUUUGUCUAGGAAUAAAGAUAUCAAACUACUCCCUACUUCUAUAACUAAAUUGCAGAAUUUGCAAACAUUAAGACUUGACUAUUGUCUUAAACUUAAAGAAUUGCCAGAAGAGACUAGAAACUUAAUCAGCCUUAGGCAUCUUGGGCUAGAUGGGUGUAAUAGCUUGACGUAUAUGCCUCAUGGACUUGGAAAGUUGACCGCUCUCCAAACACUGUCCCUAUACAUUUUAGGGAAGAAAAAAAGUUCUCUCUCCAAGCCAAUGGGUGGGCUAGGAGACCUGGAUGGUUUAGAUGAGUUGAGAGGAGACUUAUGGAUCAAGGGUUUAGAGCACUUGAGAUCUUCUCCAUCAAAAGCAAAGGCUGCAAACAUGGAGAGGAAGCGACAUCUUCAAUGGCUGAUAUUAGAGUGGGACCCAGAAUCUAGUGAUGAAUGUGAUAAGGCAAUUGCAAAUGAUGAACAACUGUUACAAAACCUUCGGCCGCACCUAAAUUUGAAAUCAUUAUCUAUAUUUGGGUAUGCAGGUGUGACGUUAUCUAGUUGGGUGUCCUCGCUCUCAAAUUUGACUAAUAUUGAAAUAAUGAAUUGUAAGUGGCUUCAACAUAUCCCACCAUUGGACCGAUUCCCUUUUAUGCAACGUCUUUACCUUAAAAACUUGAGUGAGCUGGAGUACAUAAGCAAUGAUGGUAGUGACGUGUCCUCUUAUCCCCUCAAAAGUCUCACACUUAUUGAUUUGCCAAAGUUCAGGGGAUGGCGAAAGACGAGGGAAACAGAUCAUCUUCCAUCAUUCCCUUCAUUUCCUUCCCUUUUUCAUUUAUCUAUCAAGAAUUGCCCUAUGAGCUGCAAAGAACUUAUCAGCAAUGAGAAUGAAGAUGGCACACAUGGCCUUGGACCUACAAGAUUUGGUAAUCUAUCUAUCGUAGACGUUCCAAAUUUGGUUUCUCUCCCAAGAGAGCUUAGAGAUGUUACCACUCUGCAAGGGAUUCAAAUUAUGGAUUGCCCUAGUUUGGUGUCUUUACCAGAGCGGAUAGGUGAUCUCACUUCACUUCAGGAGCUUGGAGUCGUAAAUUGUCCGAAUUUAAUGUCACUGCCCGAAGGUAUGCGCCGCCUCACCUCUUUACGUCGUUUGACAAUUGCGGAGUGUCCUUGCUUGGAGGAAAGAUGUGAACAAGGAACUGGAGAGGAUUGGCCAAAGAUUGCUCAUGUCCCAGACUUUCGAAAUGGCGGCGAUGGUAAUCGUAAAGAAUGGUUAGCAAGCAUAAUUCGCCAAGCUCUUGAGAUACAAGUGAAGGAAGAUGGAUCUAAGAGAAGCUUACUUUAUAUAGAGACAGCUGAUAGACCUGGAUUACUGGUAGAAAUCAUCAAUAUUCUUGCUGAUUUCAACAUUGAUGUAGAAUCAGCAGAGAGUGACGCUGAAGCUGAGAAGAAGAAGCUUUGUGAUGAGAAGCAGAGGCUCAAGGCAGACAAAGAGAAGUUUGAUUUGAAGUAUAGAUGCUUCUUCAGACCUUUCUGA